UUUCUGAACUUUUACGUUUUGGGGACAAGAUGGAGAAGAAGGUAGCUUUGGUUUUGUCGUUGAUGUUGCUUAUGUCUAUGAACUCGGUGUUGGUUUCGGCUGAGGAAGCAGCACCAACGGUUGGACAGAGGGUAGACACAGCCAUGAACGACGUUACCAACUUCUACAAUGAACAUGCCGGUCCUGCCGCUGAUACCGUCUCCUCUACCGCCAAAUCCGUCUACAACUGGUUUGGUGACAGAGCUAAGGAAUGGGGCCUCUAAACGAUGUGUCUAUGAGCGAAGGAGUUGCGGACUUGGGAUUGGAAACAUUCCCAUGUAUAAAACUUUGAUCUCUAUGUACCUAUUUGAUGUAACACUAACAUUAUAAGAAAGAGAUAGUCGAUAUUA